AUGGGGGCACUGUUGGUCGGGUUGGCGAGGGUCACGGCGGCGAUGGUGGCGGCGCUCGUGAUAUUCUGGGCCCUCAGCUUCCAGACCAGCUUCCUUCCCGCCGCCGCCGCCGCCUCCGACGUCCCUUCCUCGACUCUCCAACUCGACUUCGUCUACUCCGUAGGAAUCCCCCGCCCCCUCUUCCCCCAUCUCCGUUUCAAUUCCGCUCACUCACUCUCUCUCUCCUCCCCCUCCCCCACUGCAGGUGCUCCACCCGCUGUUGAUGGUCAUCGGCUUCAUCCUCCUCACCGGCGAAGGUAACCUCCCUCUCCCCCCUCCUCCUCCGCCGCAGCUGUUUCCGGCGGCGGUAUGUUCACUCGAGAGUGACGAACCGUUGUCUUGCUGUGUCGGUGAGCUCCAGCCAUCCUGGCCCACCGGACGCUGGGUCGGUGGUCGCGAGGGACCCGGAAGUCAGCCCACUUGGCCCUCCAAGGCGCAGCCUUCUCCUUCGGGAUCUUCGGCAUCUGGGCUAAAUUCCGAGCCUCUGAUGGCCUCCUCUCCAACUUCCUCAGCCUCCACUCUUGGAUGGGCCUCCUCUGCCUCUCUCUCUUCGCUGCCCAGGUUCUUCCGCUCUCUCUCUCCAUCCCUCUAGAUCUUCUCUCUCUGAAUAAUUGGUGGUGGCGGCGCAGUGGGUGGUGGGGUUUUGGAGCUUCUGGCACAGGGGAGAGGGACGGCGGACGAGGGGGAGCGUGCUGCCGUGGCACGUCUUCGUGGGGCUGUACACGUACGGGCUGGCGGUGGCCACCGCCGAAACGGGCCUCCUGGAGAAGCUGACUUUCCUGCAGGCGGCGCGGGGACAAGGGGAGGCGGCGGCGGCGGCUCCAAGAUCGGCGGAGGCAGUAGUGGUCAACGCGCUGGGCGUGGGGCUGGCGCUGCUCUGCGGGGUGGUCGUGCUAGCCGCCGUCUCUCCCAAGAGCGGCCGCGUGGGGAAGAAGACCUCGGCGAUCGCCGCCGAUCGAUCUAAUGGCGAUUGCGCCGCCGCCACGAUGAGCAACGGCGAUGAUGUGGCCAACGGGCAUCAUCACCAUCGCCCAUACUUGUCCAAACAACAGAACUGA